UACUUUAAAGGGUGACUGUUUAAAUGUUAACCUGGGUGCUAGCUCUCUCAGGGAAAGAAAUAGGAAGAUGAAACACAGGAACAUUCCUAGAAAUGAGUGUGUGACCUAUGUGGUCCUUACAAUUCCAUGUGGAUGGCUCAUAAACAAACAUGAGAAACGGGAUGAUAAACUGAUAAUGUUCACCAAUCAGUCUGAAGAUUCUGAAAGAUGUGAAAGCAUAGAGCUGGACAAAAAAAUCCAGGAUCUGAUUGAGAGAAAUGCUUCUCCUCACCCAAAAGGGGUCACCCCAGAGGCCAUGCCAACUCACAGAAAUCCAUGUUCUCCAAAGACUCCAGGAAAAACAGUUUCCACGGCACAUUUUGUACAGAACACAUCUAGAAUGAUUGCUGCAGAAAGUUCUACGAAGCAUGAAGAGUGUGCUGAAUCAUCAACAAGAAAGAACUUGACAAAUUCUCUUGAACAAAAGAUAAGGCGUUUGGAAAAACAGAGAAAAGAGCUCCUGGAAGUUAACCAGCAAUGGGAUCAGCAAUUUAGAAGUAUGAAAGAGUUAUACGAACGAAAGGUAGCAGAGCUGAAGACGAAAGUGGACGCCGCAGAAAGAUUCCUCAGCACGCGGGAGAAGGAGCGACUUCAGAGGCAGAGAGAGGACGACAGACAGCGCGACUUGACCCGGGACCGGCUGCGGCGGGAGGAGAAGGAAAAGGAACACCUAAAUGAAGAAUUACAUGAAUUGAAGAAAGAGAAUAAGCUUUUAAAGGAAAAUAAUGCUCUUGCGAACAAGGAGAAGGAGCAUUACGAAUGUGAAAUAAAACGCCUCAAUAAGGCUCUUCAGGAUGCCUUGAAUAUCAAGUGUUCAUUUUCCAAGGACUGUUUGAGGAAGUCUCAGGUGGAAUUCUGCCAUGAGGAGAUGAUAACAGAAAUGGAAGUUCUGAAGCAGCAGGUGCAAAUAUACGAAGAAGACUUCAAAAAGGAACGAUCAGAUCGAGAGAGACUUAAUCAAGAGAAAGAGGAGCUCCAGCAAAUUAAUGAAACUUCCCAAUCCCAGCUGAACAGGCUGAAUUCCCAGAUAAAAGCUUGUCAGAUGGAGAAAGAAAAACUAGAAAAGCGAUUAAGACAGAUGUAUUUCUCAACCUGUAACUGCGGCUUGGUUUUCCACCUGCAAGAUCCAUGGGUACCAACCAGCCCUGGGGCUGUGCAGAAGCAACAGGAGCACCCACCAGACUAUCAGUGGUAUGCUCUUGACCAGCUUCCGCCAGAUGUACAACACAAGGCAAAUGAUUUCUCCUCAGAAAAGAAAGUCAAUCAGUAGAAGCACACACUAACAGAGAGGGACAACAGGCAAGAGGGGAGCCGUGGCUGAGGACCCUCUUUGUUUGUGCUGUGGCUUGUUUCUGCCCCAAGGGCACAUCAUCUAUCGCGUUAUUUGUGCCUAGUCAUGUUUCCCUUUGGCAUGCAUACAGGAAAAGGCUUCUGACAGCUGAGAUCCUGAUCAAGUCUGAGGAGCCAGUUAUUAUACAACCAAAUGCAACUUCUAGUUUCCUUGAAAUGAGACUUGGCAGAUGGAUGAUGCAUGACUCUCUGAAACUCUCUUCAGCAUAUUGCUCUUGGAUCCAAAAGAUGAUUUUGUGAUUUAAGCAACUCAGUGUUUGGUGCAGGGAUAUUGUAUGUUGAUUUAAAGUGCGUGUGUGUGUGUGUGUGUGUGUGUGUGUGUGUGUGUGUUUCCUGGGGUAAAAAUUUCUGCAGUUGUAAAUUUUUAACAUUGCUCCCAUUCUUUUUCUACAGCCGCUUAGUUCUUUAGCCAUUUGACUAGAUAUUGUUGACUUCAGUGAACCUAAACAUAGAAUUGAAAAAGUAUAUAUACCUCUUUAAGUUAAAUAAGUGGUUCAAUCUGAAUAAAACGGUACAUUUGAAGCUAUUCCUUAAACAGAUCAUUUCUUUAAGAUGAUGAGAAAUUGUGAGCCUGCUUCACAGGAAUUGAUUAUGAAAGAUAAAGUCUUGGGCUGGGUGUGGUGGCUCAUGCCUAUAAUCCCAGCACUUUGGGAGGCUAAGGUGGACAGAUUGCUUGAGGCCAGAGUUCUAGACCAGCAUGGUUAGCAUGGUGAAACCCCAUCUCUACUAUAAAACUAGCCAGGAUCAUGGCACAUGCCUAUAAUCUCAGCUACUUGGGAGGCUUGAGGUGGGAGGAUCACUUGAACCCUGGAAGGUGGAGGUUGCAGUGAGAUCGUCAAUGCACUCCAGCCUGGGAAAUGAAGUGAGAAAGACUUGGUCCCCCCCAACCCUCUACUCCACA